AUGGACGCCCGAGAUGGAUCAGCAUCUGGCACUCAAAAUCACACACAAGACACUUGCAACGACGCCGAAAGUGACGACCCUGACCUUGCCGGCGAACAUCGACUAGACUCAGCUGAAUGGACUGACAUCGGAGCACAGACAAAAUGGCCUUUUCAUGGUCUCAGCAGGAACUUACUAAGCCAUGCCUCCUGCUUUCCCUCCACACCACGGCAGCAAGCAGCCUACAGCCCUUUAGCGAUUUCCGAUGAAGCUACCAGACGCAGCCGGAAUCACUUCUUCGGGUCCGCCAUCUCAGUGUGCAAGGAUAUCUUCCUGUCAUCAUGGAUCAACCUCCUACUCGUCUUCGUGCCAGCAGGGAUCGCAGCCGGCUUGCGCCACGCACCGCCGGUACUGACCUUCGCCCUCAAUGCAUUGGCCAUUGUGCCACUCUCCAGCUUGCUGGCUUACGCGACCGAAUGCAUGGCUAGUGAGCUGGGCGACAGCGUUGGCGCCCUCCUCAACAUCUCUUUCGGCAACAUUGUUGAAGUUGUCAUGUUUGUGGUCGGGCUGAUUCAUGGAGAAGUGAAGGUUGUCCAAGGAGCCUUAGUAGGGAGUAUUCUUGUGAACACACUCCUGAUCCUUGGCUCUGCUAUCAUCUGUGGCGACUUUUUGCCGCAGGAGAUGGUGUAUGACAGGCGGAAUGCACAGGGUUUGGCUUGUCUCCUGUCUCUUGCUGUGUUCAGCUUCUUGCUCCCGACGGCGUUUCAGUUUGCUUUGGAGAAUGAGGAGAAGCGUGAGAGAGGUGUUCGCAUACUAAGUCGCGGAUGCGCGAUCACCUUGUUGGUCGUGUAUGGCUUGUACCUGGUGUUCCUGCUGAGACCUAGGAACCAGCGUCAGGCUCCCGACGAGGGUGAGUCUUUUGACCAAAGAGCCUCAGACAGCUUAAUCGCGAGUCUGUUGCCCAGGACCAUUAGGUUUGCAGAUGAGCACGGAAGUAGCCACUCUACCGAAGCAGCAAAGUCAACUGAGAGCAUAGUACUGGACGACUUCCAGUCCGACGAGCGGAACGCAGACCCGGCAGCUGGCACGGAUGAGCACCAACAAGAUCAGGACACAGGCAAGAAAUCGUCAGCUCAUCCUGCUCCCGGCGACAGGUUCGGACGCGCAAGCCUCAGCCAACCUCCAUCCUAUAUCGAAGGCAGGAGCCGUCCUGCGCGGUCCAGAGGCCGGUCUCGUUCCGUCAGUAUUCAGCGCCGUCCACGACAUAGUGACAUAGCCGAACGAUAUGGCUACUCGAUCGAUUCCAUCGACCGCACGCCUCUGCAACGUCUAUCAGGCCGCUCAUCGUUCUGCUCCACCGCACCUGAUGGCCCUCUUCGGCACGUCUUGUCCAGCAUCCACAGUGACGAUCCACCAGUGAUCGGCCGCGGCACCGCACUCGCCCUGCUAAUAACCUCAUCACUACUUGUCGCCAUUUGCGCCGAUUUCCUCGUCGGCACAAAUCGAAGCCAUCACCACCCCACCCUCCGCGCCCCGCCCAUCCUCUCCGAAUCGCUCAUCGGCCUCAUUAUCCUCCCCAUCGGCCGGCAACGCCGCCGAGCACAUUACCGCCGUGACCGUCGCCCUCAAGGGAAAACUCGAUCUCGCGAUCGGUGUAGCCCUAGGCAGCUCGAUCCAGAUCGCGCUGUUUGUGAGUCCGCUGAUGGUGAUUGUGGGGUGGGGUUUGGGGCAGGAUGA